AUGGAGGUCACAAAUGUCACUGAGUAUCAAGCUAUUGCAAAGGAGAAGUUACCAAAGAUGGUGUAUGACUACUAUGCUUCUGGUGCUGAGGAUCAGUGGACUUUAGAAGAGAACCGAAAUGCUUUUUCAAGAAUCCUGUUUAGGCCUCGGAUUCUUAUUGAUGUGAGCAAGAUUGACAUGACUACUACAAUUUUAGGAUUCAAGAUUUCCAUGCCUAUAAUGCUUGCUCCAACAGCCAUGCAGAAAAUGGCUCACCCUGAUGGUGAGUAUGCAACUGCAAGAGCUGCUUCUUCAGCUGGAACAAUCAUGACUUUGUCAUCAUGGGCAACUUCAAGUGUUGAGGAGGUUGCUUCAACCGGACCUGGAAUCCGUUUCUUCCAGCUUUACGUGUAUAAGGACAGAAAUGUUGUGGCUCAGCUUGUGAGAAGAGCUGAAAAAGCUGGCUUUAAAGCUAUUGCUCUUACAGUUGAUACACCAAGGCUUGGACGCCGAGAAGCCGACAUCAAAAACAGGUUUACACUACCCCCAUUUUUGACAUUGAAGAACUUUGAGGGUUUGGACCUUGGGAAGAUGGAUGAAGCUAAUGACUCUGGAUUGUCUUCUUAUGUUGCUGGUCAGAUUGAUCGCACUCUUAGCUGGAAGGAUGUGAAGUGGCUUCAAACAAUCACCACAAUGCCGAUUCUAGUCAAGGGUGUGAUCACUGCUGAAGACACAAGGUUAGCUAUUCAAGCUGGAGCAGCGGGUAUUAUUGUUUCCAACCAUGGGGCCCGCCAGCUGGAUUAUGUCCCCGCCACCAUCAUGGCUUUGGAAGAGGUUGUGAAAGCUGCACAGGGCCGUGUUCCCGUGUUUCUCGAUGGUGGGGUCCGCCGUGGGACUGAUGUUUUUAAGGCACUUGCUCUUGGAGCUUCCGGAAUAUUCAUUGGGCGGCCGGUGGUGUUUUCAUUGGCGGCUGAAGGAGAAGCGGGAGUGAGAAAAGUGCUUCAGAUGUUACGUGAGGAGUUUGAGCUAACAAUGGCAUUAAGUGGUUGUACUUCACUCAGAGAGAUUACUCGGGACCACAUUGUCACUGAAUGGGAUGCACCCCGGGCCCGCCCUGCACCACGCUUAUAAACAACCAACCAAAACCAAAACCAUUCAGUCAGCUCUUAAUGCCAAAAUAUAUAUAUAAAAAAAAAGGUAUAGCUUUUGUGUUAAGGUGUUGCAAAACUCUGUAUUGGUUUUCUUGUAUAAUGUUCGCGUCUGAAUGAUAAGAUAAGCUUUGUAUGGAUGUAUCUAUCAUGUAAUGUGUAUGAUUAUAAAAAUGUCCAUUGUAUUUUGUUAAUAACUCACCAUCUUUAUAUGAUUAAGUUAAACCAUUGUAUUUUGUU